UUUCAGGAUGAAUUUCAUCCCUUCAUCGAAGCACUUCUGCCUCACGUCCGAGCGUUUGCAUACACAUGGUUCAACCUGCAAGCCCGAAAGAGAAAAUACUUCAAAAAACAUGAGAAACGCAUGUCAAAAGAGGAAGAGAGGGCCGUGAAGGACGAACUCUUAAGUGAAAAACCCGAGGUAAAGCAGAAAUGGGCGUCCAGACUUCUGGCAAAGCUUCGGAAAGAUAUCAGGCCUGAAUUUCGGGAGGAUUUUGUUCUCACAGUCACAGGAAAAAAGCCUCCGUGUUGCGUCCUUUCCAAUCCAGACCAGAAGGGCAAGAUGAGAAGAAUUGACUGCCUUCGCCAGGCAGAUAAGGUCUGGAGGUUGGACCUCGUUAUGGUGAUUUUAUUUAAAGGUAUUCCGCUCGAAAGUACUGAUGGCGAGCGCCUUGUAAAGUCCCCACAGUGCUCUAACCCCGGGCUGUGCGUACAGCCCCACCAUAUAGGAGUUUCUGUUAAGGAACUCGAUUUAUAUUUGGCAUACUUUGUGCACGCCGCAGGUAAGUGCCUUUCUAUACCACUUCUCCACCUCGCGCGUCUGCGUCCCGGCGGGUUUGGUGCGGGCGGGAGGGAGCGCGGCCCCAAAUCUGCCCUUUUUCACCGGGCACAGCUCUUGUUUUCCUGGGGUUAAUGGCAGUUUGGUGUUUGGGGCACUUUGCUCAAGUGUUAUCCAGGCUUCUUUUAUUUUU